GUCAGGGCGAAGCUCUCCGCGCACCAGUCCAACCUCUCAGGAGUUUCAGCUGGCCAAAGAGUUUUCGUAACCUUGGAUGAGGCCUGUAUCUUCAUCCUCUGGGAUGGUGCGACUCUAGCAGCGCUCCAGACGACAAAUUGCUUCACCCUCGGGCCUCGCCAUGUGGUGGUCAUGCCCUCGCUCGGACGCAUUUGCUUGGCAGGGCGAAGGCUCAACUUCUUUGAAGGCAACGAGCAGGGCUCCAUCGCCCUUGGUGCAGCACCGACGAAGGAGCAAGUUGCGAUAGCAAAACGUCGCGAAGCCGAGGGUGCGAGCCUGAAGGACCUGGGCGGGACCGCGCCGCACCGAAGUGGUCGCAGCCCCGAGCGGUUUGUCACCAUGCUGCAGGUGUGGCCUGGGUCCAUCACGAGGAGUCCUGCUGUCGGCGACCGAAGCCGAGGCGCAGGCUUGCCUUUGUCAGCCUGCGCCGCCUGCCCCGCCUGCCCCGCAGCCCUGAAAGCACAGUUUUCCAGCUACGGCGCCAUGUUCUCACUCGGUUCCUCCACGGAGCGAGCACCCGAGGCGCGCGUGUGCGCAGGGGGCGAUGCGGUGGCACUGGACUUUCACGCAGAUGCUUGGCUUGCCGCAUCGGAGAUUCGCCAUCGACUGGAGCAGGCACGCUCUGCUGCAGUGCGAUUGGGCACGUUGUCUGUCCCGUCCUCUCGGAUGUUGGACUUGCCGAUGCCCGACCUGGAGCAGAUGCAGCCGGGCGAGGGAGUGCAGGAGGGCGAUCUGCUGCUCACCCACCCGUUGUCGGGCUUGUUUCAGCCAGUGUUCGACCAGUCUCUCAUACUGAUCGUCCAUGCUCGGAAAGAUAAAGACUGGGUCCAGGGAGUCGUUGUGAACAAGGAGGCGGAGGAGACGAUCUCUCAAACCCUUGUGGAGAAGCCCACAACUUUGCUGUCGAGGCCGGAUACUGGUGGCACGGACUGGAAUGCACUGGCAUUUGGACCGUUGCAGCCUUUACUGGAGGAGAAGGUCUACAAAGGUGGACCCGUUACGGCCGACAGCCUGGAUGAGAACAUGCUGUGGCUUCACAGUUACGAAGAUGUGCCCGGUGCAAAGGUGCUCCACCAGGGCCUUGCGGUUGGUGGCGACCUCGCCGCCACGGCGGAACGUGCGAAGGAGAGCCCCCAAGGGAUGAUGAAGAUCAUCAAGGGCUUCUCUGGCUGGGGGUUCCAACAGCUGAAGCUUGAGCUCGAGCGCGGAGUGUGGGUACACCUUCGAGGCAGCGCAUCCGCAGUAUAUCAGCUUGUCAUGGCUGACGGCAUUGCCCCGUGGAGCUCCGCGCUCGCCUGCUCUGGUCUCGAUUCGCUUGCAGAGUUCCCGCGCAGCCCGGAAGCUGAUACGAUCCUCAAGGACUACGUCAGCGCUCACCAGCGGGCCUGCGCGAUGGAGUUCGUAAAGCUGCAGGAAGCAAUGAAAGCUGCAGAAAAAAGAAGCUGUUCCCGCAUACUGGGCUAUUGCAUGAUCGGGUGGGAUUGGUAUCCUGCCGUGCCGGGCAAGCCCGACCGUGGUUCAGGUUUUCAGGAAAAGAAGGCAGAGCUGGGACGGUGCGAGCCAUGGGGAAAAAUCGCCGAGACCAUGGGCGGGAGACCGCUGGCCAAAGGCUGCUCACCGGCGAGGCUCCUCGUUUUGGCUGCUCUUGAGCGGAGCCACAAGCUGCGUAUCGGUUCUACGAGUGCGAUCAUUUUCGGAGGUUGUGGGGUCGACGUCCAAGCCGAGUGGUCCCGGGCUGACGCGAGUGCACCGAAGAAGAUGCAACGCUGGGAGACCCUGGCUGCCCUUUCUGAGGCCAAUGACCUGGUGGCCAAGGAGAUCUGGUCAAUUCGGAGGCGUGGGAUGAAAGCACCUUCCGAACAUCUGCCCCGGGUGGCGACCUCUACACGCCCACGCCUCAGCGGGACCAGGGAAGAGUUGUGCCCGGCUGAGACGGAAACCGUGGAACCCAGGCAGUGGCAUCGGCUCUUUGCCUGCGGCACGCUGCCAGAUGGCCAGGGCGCCGCGCUGGAGCCGCUCGUAGCUGAAACGCCAGUGCAGUGCCCCUCGAAGUUGAAGAGGGACGGCGAAAAAGAGCCGAGGCUGCACUGGUCCGAGGAGGAUGGCUAUGGCUACAAAGUGACCUGGGUCAAAGGAUGGAUCGGGCCCACAUCGCCCAAGGAUUUCACGACCACUCGUGUAAAACGAGACUACAUCUUCAGCAACGCAGCGUGCGGGCUUCAGUGA